CAACACUGUGCCACUGGUAUUUCAACACAAGUUUUUUAUUAUUUAUUUACAAAUUGGUUAUGGCUGAACAACAUAAAUUGAUCUAUCCCAUCAAGCAUUUUCGUGAUUUUCUCGAAAAUGAUAUCCGCCUAGACGGUCGCGCCUUUGAUAAAUAUCGCCCGAUUGGCGUGAAUAUUGACUCAUUUCAACAUUCAUUAGGGUCGAGUGCAACAAAAAUUGGAAAUUCGAAUAUUCUAUGUGGCAUACGCGCAGAGUUAUCAAAGCCGCGUGCAGCUACACCACUAGCUGGCUACAUUGUACCCAAUGUAGAUAUGUCAUUUACAUCGUUUUCUAAAGCUGCAGCAUCGAGUAAUAAUCAAAAUGUUGCCGAAAUAUUGGAAUGUUUUAUAUAUAGGAUUUUAAAUGAAUCCCAUUGCCUGAAAUUGGAAGAUCUGUGCAUAUUCCCGGGCAAGCUUGUAUGGUGUCUUUAUAUAGAUAUCAUUGGUUUGGAAGUUGAUGGUGGCGUAUUCGAUGCUUCAAUUUUGGCUUGCGCUUCAGCACUUAGCACGCUCAAACUGCCUAAAGUUGUAUAUGAUGAAAAAAGUGGGAAAAUAGAAAUAGGCGACGAAAUGAAGGAAUUGCCUUUGAAUAUCUUUCCCGUGGUUAGCACAUACAGCAUGUUUGACAAUGUUGUGCUGGUAGAUCCUACUUAUCGCGAG